AGGAACAUCCGUUUUCUGCACAUCUGCCUUCUUCGCACUCGCCGCCGCACCCGCUGCUGGCACAUCCCGGUUCGACGCGGACGAAGCAGCGGACCCUGACGACGACGGCGGUAACCGCACGCUGCGCGGAUGCGAGGGAGUUGGGAAGAACGGAAGGAGGGAGUUGGGUUAA